AUGGAGGUGGAAACUCAGACUCAGACGCUCCCGACCUUCGACAAGCCUCCAUUCUCUUCUUUCUCUCUCAGCGACCUCGGUUCUCGCAACUUCCGGGGCUCCGAAAUGCCCGCCGUUGACCCCAAAUGCGACGCCUCAUUCAACGAAGUGGUUCCGUUGACUAACGGCGGGAUGAUGGCGAGUGAGACUGACGCGCCGACGGGCGGGUGGUCCGUGUCGACGGCCGCUGUGAAGGUUCAGAAGGUGUACCGGAGUUACCGCACCCGGCGUAGGUUAGCUGACACCGCCGUCGUGGCGGAAGAGUACUGGUGGCAAGCGAUAGACUCUUGGAGAUUGAAUCGCACCACGAUUUCAUUCUUUGAUAACAAUACGACUGAAUCUGCGACUUCAAAGUGGAACCGUGUCGGCAAGAAUGCUUCCAAGGUGGGCAAGGGACUCUCCAAAGACGCCAAAGCACAGAAAUUGGCUUUUCAGCAUUGGAUUGAAGCUAUUGAUCCAAGGCAUAGGUAUGGGCAUAGCUUGCAUUUCUAUUAUGAAGAGUGGGAUAAAGCGGAUGCUGGUCAGCCAUUUUUUUACUGGUUGGAUGUAGGAGAUGGAAAAGAGCUUGAUCUCAAAGAAUGUAGCAGAUCAAAGCUUCGACAACAGUGCAUCAAAUAUCUUGGACCUCAAGAGAGGGUGCAUUAUGAAUAUGAUGUUGCUGAAGGGCUAAUUGUUCAUUCACAAACUCGAGAGCUUCUUGAUACAAAGGACGGAUCGCCAGGAGCUAAGUGGAUAUUUGUUAUGAGCACCUCUAAGAAACUGUAUGCCGGUGAGAAAAAGAAAGGGGUUUUCCAUCAUUCUAGCUUCUUGGCUGGAGGAGCAACAAUAGCUGCUGGAAGGCUUGAGGCAGAGCAUGGAGUUUUGAAGUCCAUCUCUGCAUAUAGUGGUCAUUACCGGCCAACAGAUGACAGGCUUGAUACCUUAUUAUCCUUUUUCAAGGAAAAAGGAGUGAACCUUGAUGAAGUUCAGAUACGCAAGCCAAGUGACGAAUCUGAUGGCUAUGAUGAAGGGAAGUAUAAUGGUGGGACUACAUUUAAACUGUCAACCAACAUUGAAGCUCCUAAACCUGAAGUUCCAGCAGAAGUGGAGACGGAGAAAUCCCAGUCCCCAGAAUCCACUGAACUUCUCCAAACAGAAGCGAAACCUGAUUACAAAAGGACUUUAUCUGGUGGUCUGCAUAGUCCAAGAGCUGAGGUGCCUAAGAAUAAGAUAUUGCAGAGGAUCAACUCCAGGAACUCAUCAGCGAAAUCAUACCAACUCGGGCACCAGCUAUCGCUCAAGUGGUCAACAGGAGCUGGCCCGAGAAUCGGUUGUGUUGCUGAUUACCCAGUAGAGCUGAGAAUGCAGGCCCUGGAGUUUGUUAACUCUCCAAGGUCUCCCCCCACACCAUCCUACUACAGGAGGUUCCCUGGUCUCCCAUCGCCAACGUUGAAUUCCACCUCAGACGUCAAUAAUGGCGAUAAGACCUCUGGUGAUUAA